AUGGACAAGAUGGUGAGCAAGAUCAAAAGUUUGGAGAAGAAGGUUUCUGGUUCUUCAAGCAAGAAGAAGAAGUCCAAGGCCCCCACAUUCCUUAGGAGUAGAUCUCUCCUCACCACUCCAAGGAGGCUCCCUGCCCAAGAGCCUCACAGAGCCUCUUCUUUCGAGCCAAGGGAAGGAGAAGACAACACGCAGAGAAGGAGGAAGACUUCCAAGGCCAGACGCUCCAGCUCGACCACCGGACUCGAUCGAGUCCAAACAGAGGAAACUCAACUCGAUCGAGCUGACGGGGUCGAGUUGACCUGGAGGAGCCCCAUUGAGGAUCCGGAUUCGAGUACGAUCCAACGCCUACCAGGACUUCUCCCAGACCAACUGGACCCCUACAACAGCUUCGAGCAAGCCAGCUCCUCCAAGGCCAAGGGAGCCACACACACUUUGAAUGAAGAAGAGGAAGAAGAGGAGCCGCAAGCUCGAUCGAGUGAGGUGAACCCAGUCGAGUGGAGUGCUCCUGAUGGUCAACCCAGUCAAGCCGUGUACCAUCUCAUUGCUGCUAAGUUUGGGGGUGCCAACUCGAGCUCGAUCGAGUUGGGUGUAAAAACCAGAAAAGUGGAAAAAUUGGGAAAAACCCAAGUUGAGGGUCGAGUUGACCUGGAGGAUCCCCUGUUUGAGAACCCUGGCCCACAGCCGGCGGAACGCACUCGGCCGGACAGGAAGGGUAUUGGCUUCGCUCGGCCUUCUCCAGGACCGCACCGUCCGACCCGGGAGGCAAUGGACCACGAUCGACCGAGAUCAUCACAUCACGGCCGACCAGACCGUGCGACCCGGGAAGCAAAGAACCGCGCUCGACCCGAUCUCCGCGAACAAGAAGCCCACUUAUGCAGUUUUGACUUUUCUCAGCCCAAUUAA